AUGUCAAUUCCAGAUCUAGAAAAUAAUGAAGAUUUAGUAGAUAUAACACUGGAGGUUUUUAAUUCUUUACAACAUAUAAAUGAUAAUAAAGUUGUCAAAUCAUCACUUUUUGAACUAUUGGAAGGAACAAGGGCUUUGGAAGUACUCAACCCAAAACUAGAUACUGGAUUGAUAGAAUUAAAGAAAGAAGAAAUUGAAUUUGAUUGUUCAAAACCUCAAUCAUCAUCAACUAUUAUAAAUAUACAAAAUAAAUUAUUACAAUUUUUGGUCAAUUGGCUUGAAAGUGAUAGUCUUCCAGUAACUGUACUUAGUUGUAGAUAUGUUCAAUGUAUAUUGGAGAAUUAUUUAAAUAAAAAAAAUUCAGUAUGGGAACAAUGUUCAUUUGAUCAACCAAAAUUAUCAAAUACCACUUAUGAAGAAGAUACAAAUUAUUGGCUAGUCCAUAAAGUAUUGAAAACCUAUGUCAUGGGAUUAUGCAAAUUUAUUGGGUUUACUAUCAAUAUUGCAAAAACUUUUCUAUAUGAAGAAGAAGAUUUAACGACCAGAAAUAUGAAUUUGAAUUAUUUAUUUGACGUAUCUCCUCAAUUCAUCAUCGAGAGAAUCAAUCAAGCAAUAGAAUGGAUUGUAAGUAAUGAUAUUGAAAACUCAUCUAUUUUAAUAAGUCAACUCAAAAUUAUAUUAUAUUUGAAUCAAUUUGAAGCAUGUAUAACGACACAAGAAAUAAAUUUUAUGAAGGAAUCCAAUGACGAGUCAGCAAUAUUCAACUUUUGUAAUGACGCCAUAGAAGAAAUUGAGAAUUUAAAAAAUCACCUUUAUAAUGAAUCAGAUAUACCGAUUGGGGUAUUUUCAAAAUUUAUUCAAGCAGAUAUGGAUAACAAUAGUAUACCAACUGAGAUACCAUCCACUGAGUCCACCACCACUUUUAACCAUAUCAAUGGAAUUUCUGAAACAGUUUAUCAUUAUACCAACCAAGCAAAUAAGAUAAAAACCAUGACUCAAUUAGAAGAUUUCCUACUAUAUAAUAUAAAAUUUCCAAUCUCAAAGUUCUCAGUAUUUUCUAGAGGAUUAUUUCAAUUGUUCUUUAUAAGAGAUGAUAAAUCAAUUUUUGGAUCACCGACUAUAGACCUUACAAGAUUAUGUCUUAACAUUAUUGGUAACGUUGUUGGUAUAAAUUCAAUUUUACUCGGUCCGCUUGAAGGACAAUUAUCUCAAGUCAAAGAAACAACAAGACAAGAAAUAUUAUCUCAGAGAGCAAAUUCCAUUCUAGAUUUAGAAAGUGCUAUAUAUAAUAAUCUUUGUAUUUAUGGAGCUAAUCCAUGUAGAUCACAACAGUUAAUUUCAAGAGGAUUAAUUAUAUGGGAUACUUUACAAGUUGGAUGGGAGACUUUUGAACUUCAAAUGUUUCAAAAUUUUAACGUAGGUGAUCAAUUAAGUAAUGAAGAACCAGCAUUAAGUGUUACAUCAUAUAUUUAUUACCAAAAGACUGAAAUGAUGAUUCAAUUAUUAUUAGGAGGAUUUGAAUUAGAUAUAUAUAAAUCAUUUGAAUUAUUUCUUAUUUAUUGGUACUCUGAUAUAUUAUUGAGUAAUUUAUUAGAUCAUUUACAAAAUAGGGUUAAACAAAUUAUAUUGGGAAAAAUGUAUGACAUAGAAGAAAGAUUACCUAAAAAGAUCAAAAAGCUUAAAGCAGGUCCCAAGAAGGAAUCAUUGAAAAAACAACUUCAACAUAAUCGAGACGUUUAUUUACCAGGGAUAAUCAAGACAUACCAAUAUCAAGAAUAUUUAGUGGAAUCUUAUCAAAAUUUAAAAUUAUUAAUACAUUGUUUUAUUAAAUUUUUGACUGUUUUGUCAAGAUUGAAUCUACUUGAUUUUUCAAAAGGUCCAAUUAAUAAUUUAACAUCAAUGGAGCAUUUAUAUUAUUUAAGAAUGAAACCCUGGUCUUCAAUUGGUGUCCCACAAUUCCCAAAAUUUGAAGAUUAUUCAAGAGCAUUAAUCAUCACUAAUCCAAUCGAAAAUAAUCAUACUAAUUUGAUUAAAAGUUUUGAAUUUUUAACUAGUAUUAAGAAUGAUUUAAAAGAAGUAGAAAGUACAAUUGAAAAACUGUUGAAUUAUAUCAAAAGAAAAGACACAGAUUUUAUAGAAGGUUCUUUAAUACAUCAAUGGUAUGAACAAUUAGCUGAUACUUCAAAAGAUUUAAGUGAAAAUGUUAGUAAAAUUGGGAAAAUACUAUCUACAAAUAAAGAUGAUUUGACCCAAAUCUCAAAAAUUCAUAAAGUUGUUGUUAAUAAAGGAAAGCAUAAAUACUUUGUAAAUAUUGAUAUCAUACCUAAAUAG